AUGUUCCUCAGCAAACAGGAGGGGGAGCUGAGCGAGCUGCGGAGGAGCGUGGACGAUGCGAGUGGCACGCCGGAGCCCCUGGACGAGGAGCUGUCCAAGAAGAAGCACCGCCGCAACCGGACCACCUUCACUACCUACCAGCUGCACGAGCUGGAGAGGGCCUUCGAGAAGUCCCACUACCCCGACGUCUACAGCCGGGAGGAGCUGGCCAUGAAAGUCAACCUGCCAGAGGUCCGGGUUCAGGUUUGGUUCCAGAACAGAAGAGCCAAAUGGCGUCGGCAGGAGAAGAUGGAAGCCAGCUCCAUGAAGCUUCCUGACCCUCCCAUGCUGUCCUUCAGCAGGCCCCCAAUGGCAGCCAACAUGGGGCCGAUCGGCAAUUCCCUCCCCUUAGACCCGUGGCUGACGUCCCCCAUCUCCAGCGCCACCACGGUGCACAGCAUCUCAGGAUUCAUGGGCCCCAGCCCAGCCCUCCAGCCAGCCUACACAGGGCAUUCCUUUCUCAAUAGCCCUCCAGCCCUGCCCCAGAGCAUGCAACCAAUGGCACCCAUGGCGUACCAGUGCGCCACAACUUUUGUGGACAAAUACCCCUUGGAGGACAUUGACCAGCGGAACUCCAGCAUCGCUUCGCUGCGCAUGAAAGCAAAGGAACACAUUCAGACCAUAGACAAAACUUGGCAGCCAAUUUGA